UAAUGAGACCCCUCAGCAGGAGGCAGUGGUCCUGGUUCCUGGUGCGUGUGACGAUUUGCCCGUGAAGCGCAGAGCUCUUGGGCUGGUUCGAACCUCGUUUAUUGCAGCUUUUAACUCUGCAGCAGCCCAGAGUCUCCAAACUGCUCCGUCGCGUUUGCAGUGAAGACCCCAGAGGGGACCCUGUAAAGGAAAACACCUCCCAAACCAAACUGCUUAGGGAUGCAUGUCUGUAAGGAGCCACAUUUGUAAGUGAGUGGAAAAUGGGAGAAGGAUAAACUGGUCACACGUGUGACACCUUUGCACCAUUCCCCAGGAGCACUGGAGCAGGUGAAACUUGACGCAGAGCUUCGCUGGCAGCCUGUGCCGUGUGUGGCUGAAGUGGUGCUUUGUCCUGCUGACAGCAGGAGUGCUCUGGCCGUUGGGAAUGUAAAUGCUCCAGCAGGAAAAGAGGAACCGGCAGCGUGGCCGGGAAGGUCUGGACCAGCAACAGUGUGGCCAGCAGGAUUGUGCCGCUGGACUCAGCACGGUUGAUAUCUGGGAUACUCAAUGGACUUUACGUAGAUGCACACUUGACAAGGAGUCGAGGGAAAGCACUUCAGUCCCAACCCCAAAGCGGCUGCUUUGCUCCUGCAUUUCCUCGCCCACGCAGAGUCUCCUGGCUGGGGCAGCUUCUCCUCCCGGCCGCCUGAGUCGGGCCUGUGGUAGGCGGGAUCGAGCAAAAGAACAGCUUGGGUGUUGAAGAGAACCCUCGGCAAGGAAUGGGCCCUGUUCUCUCGAAGCUGUUUGCCCUGCUCCCAGGAAUGCUGUAGAGGGUAGAAGGGAGCUCCCAGAAGCCAGCCAAGAUGAACAUGGUGAAGAGGAUCAUGGGCCGGCCACGGCAGGAGGAGUGCAGCCCCCAGGACAAUGCCCUGGGCUUGAUGCACCUGCGCCGCCUCUUCACGGAGCUCUGCCAUCCACCACGACACAUGACCCAGAAAGAGCAGGAGGAAAAACUCUACAUGAUGCUGCCAGUCUUCAACAGGGUGUUUGGAAAUGCUCCUCCAAGUACAAUGACAGAGAAAUUUUCUGACCUCCUACAGUUUACUACUCAAGUGUCACGAUUGAUGGUGACUGAAAUUCGACGGAGAGCCUCAAAUAAGUCCACAGAGGCUGCAAGCCGUGCCAUAGUCCAGUUUCUGGAGGUCAAUCAAAGUGAAGAAGCAAGUAGAGGUUGGAUGCUGCUCACCACAAUCAAUUUACUAGCUUCGUCGGGACAGAAAACUGUGGACUGCAUGACUACUAUGUCAGUGCCUUCCACGCUCGUCAAAUGUCUCUAUCUGUUUUUUGACCUUCCACAUGUGCCUGAGGUAGUUGGGGGAGCACAGAAUGAGCUACCUCUCGCAGAGCGCCGAGCACUGCUACAGAAAGUCUUUGUGCAGAUCCUAGUGAAGUUGUGCAGUUUUGUGUCCCCAGCAGAAGAGCUGGCCCAGAAGGAUGAUCUCCAGCUUCUCUUCAGUGCAAUAACCUCGUGGUGCCCUCCCUAUAACCUGCCUUGGAGGAAGAGCGCAGGGGAAGUGCUGAUGACCAUAUCUCGGCACGGCCUUAGUGUCAACGUGGUGAAGUACAUCCAUGAAAAGGAAUGUUUGUCCACCUGUGUGCAGAACAUGCAGCAAUCUGAUGACCUUUCACCCCUAGAAAUAGUUGAGAUGUUUGCUGGACUCUCUUGUUUUCUCAAAGACUCCAGUGAUGUAUCCCAGACGUUGCUGGAUGAUUUUAGGAUAUGGCAAGGAUACAACUUCCUCUGCGACCUCCUCCUCAGAUUAGAACAGGCAAAAGAAGCUGAAUCUAAGGAUGCUUUGAAGGACCUAGUUAAUUUGAUAACAUCCUUAACAACAUAUGGUGUCACUGAAAUAAAGCCAGCUGCUGUUACCACAGGGGUACCUUUCCUGCUACCUGGGUUUGCAGUCCCACAGCCUGCAGGCAAAGGUCACAGCGUGAGGAAUAUUCAAGCAUUUUCAGUCCUACAGAAUGCAUUUUUGAGAGCCAAAACCAGCUACCUAGCACAAAUCAUCCUGGAUGCCAUCACCAAUAUCUAUGUGGCAGACAAUGCCAACUACUUCAUCCUGGAAUCUCAGCACACCCUGUCUCAGUUCGCCGAGAAAAUUCCCAAGCUUCCAGAAGUGCAGACCAAAUACUUUGAGAUGUUGGAAUUUGUUGUCUUCAGCCUGAAUUACAUCCCCUGUAAAGAGCUGAUCAGUGUGAGCAUCCUUCUGAAAUCCAGCACUUCUUUUCAGUGCAGCAUCAUCGCCACCAAGACACUCCUCAAGUUCACCCGCCACGACUACAUCUUUAAGGAUGUCUUCAGGGAAGUGGGGUUGCUGGAAGUGAUGGUAAACCUUCUCCAUAAGUAUGCAGCCCUGCUGAAAGAUCCCACUCAGGCACUGAAUGAUCAAGGGGAUUCAAGGCACACUUCAUUUGAGGACCAAAAGCAGCUGGCUUUAUUGGUUAUGGAGACCUUGACAGUACUACUCCAAGGAUCAAACACAAACGCAGGUAUUUUCAGGGAGUUUGGUGGUGCCAGAUGUGUGCACAACAUCGUCAAGUACCCCCAGUGCCGGCAGCACGCCCUGAUGAUCAUCCAGCAGUUGGUGUUGUCACCCAGUGGUGAGGAUGACAUGGGCACUUUGCUGGGGCUGAUGCACUCAGCUCCACUUAUGGAACUGCAGCUGAAAACAGACAUCUUGAGGGCCCUGCUCUCAGUGCUGAGAGAAAGUCACCGCACGAGAACUGUGUUCAGAAAAGUUGGUGGAUUUGUCUAUGUCAUCUCCUUGCUUGUUGCUAUGGAAAGGUCUUUGUGCUCUCCACCUAAGAAUGGCUGGGAGAAAGUAAACCAGAACCAGGUGUUUGAGCUGCUGCACACCGUGUUCUGCACGCUGACGGCAGCCAUGCGCUACGAGCCAGCCAACUCUCACUUCUUCAAAACAGAGAUCCAGUAUGAAAAGCUGGCAGAUGCUGUUCGGUUACUUGGCUGCUUCUCAGACUUGAGGAAAAUAAGCCCCUUGAAUGUCUUCCCAUCAAACACACAACUGUUUCAAAGACUGCUGGAGGAUGACCUAAUAUCCCUGGAUUCUGUGUCACCUACGCUGAGGCACUGCAGCAAACUUUUUAUUUACCUCUACAAAGUUGCAACAGAUUCUUUUGACAGUCGUGCAGAACAGAUCCCUCCUUGCCUGACAAAUGAGACUUCUCUCCCCUCUCCCUGGGGUACGCCAGCUUUGUCCAGGAAAAGGCACACGUAUCAUUCUGUUUCAACACCUCCUGUUUGCCCUCAGAAAAACAUAGCUGAUGUGAAAGUCCAAACAGGCCUCCCAUCCGCGCAGAGCUCCGACGCUGUCAUCAUCCACCCCGGCGCUGUGCUCGCCAUGCUGGAUCUUCUGGCCUCUGUUGGGUCAGCCACACACCCUGAGCAUGCCCUGGAUCUCCAGCUGGCAGUGGCCAACAUCCUGCAGUCUCUGGUGCACACAGAGAGGAACCAGCAAGUCAUGUGUGAAGCUGGGCUCCAUGCACGACUCCUCCAAAGGUGCAGUGCUGCUCUGGCUGAUGAGGACCACUCGCUGCACCCACCGCUCCAGAGGAUGUUUGAGAGGCUGGCAUCCCAAGCACUGCAGCCCAUGGUGUUGAGGGAGUUUUUACGCUUGGGAAAUCCUUUGAACUGUGGAGCUUGGGACAAAAAGCUGUUGAAGCAGUAUCGAGUGCACAAACCCAGCUCGCUGAGCUUUGAGCCCGAAAUGAGAAAUAGCAUGGUUGCCUCAACGGAAGGGCUGAGUUCUGACAGUGUCUUCAGCUUGCAUGAAGACAGCCACUACCGGAUAAGCAAGAGCCUGCUGAAGCCAGCAGAGGGGAGCACGGUGCCCCUGACCAGAGUGAAGUGCUUGGUCUCCAUGACAACCCCCCAUGACAUCAGGCUUCACGGGUCAGCUGUCACGCCGGCGUUCAUUGAGUUUGACACCUCUCUGGAAGGCUUCGGCUGCCUGUUCUUACCAAGCUUGGCUCCCCACAAUGCACCUACAAACAAUGCAGUCACAACUGGACUUAUUGAUGGUGCAGUGGUCAGUGGAACUGGAACUGGUGAAAGAAUUUUUCCACCACCAUCUGGUUUAAGCUACUCAACAUGGUUUUGUAUUGAACAUUUUAGUACCCCUCCUAAUAACCACCCUGUGAGACUUCUGACCGUAGUACGCCGUGCAAACUCUUCGGAGCAGCACUACGUCUGCCUCGCCAUCGUCCUCUCGGCUAAAGAUCGCUCGCUGAUUGUUUCAACUAAAGAGGAGCUCCUCCAAAACUAUGUGGAUGACUUCAGUGAGGAGUCAUCAUUCUAUGAAAUUCUGCCCUGUUGUGCCCGGUUCCGCUGUGGUGACCUCAUUGUGGAAGGCCAAUGGCACCAUCUGGUCCUGGUGAUGAGCAAAGGCAUGCUGAAGAACAGCACAGCUGCCCUCUACCUUGAUGGGCAGCUUGUUAACACUGUCAAGCUGCACUACAUUCACAGCAGUCCCAGUGGCUCUGGUUCUGCCAACCCUCCUGUGGUCAGCACUGUCUACGCCUACAUUGGCACCCCCCCUGCCCAGCGCCAGCUUUCCUCCUUGGUCUGGCGCCUGGGCCCUACGCACUUCCUGGAGGAAGUUCUGCCUGCCCCAGGGGUCAGCACCAUUUAUGAGCUGGGACCAAACUACGUUGGGAGCUUUCAAGCAGUAUAUGUACCAUGCAGAGAUUCGAAGUCUGAAGGAAUCAACCCAUCUCCAGUAUCUUUGGUGCCAGAAGAGAAAGUGUCUUUUGGCCUCUAUGCACUGUCAGUUUCUUCGUUUACAGUGGCAAGAAUAAGGAAAGUUUACAACAAGUUGGAUAGUAAAGCUAUUGCCAAACAGCUGUCCAUUUCUUCCCAUGAGAAUGCCACACCUGUGAAGCUGCUGCAUAACUCAGCAGGACAUCUGAAUGGGCCAGCACGCUCCAUUGGGGCAGCCUUGAUAGGAUAUUUGGGAGUAAGAACAUUUGUCCCCAAGCCUGUUGCCACCACGCUGCAGUACAUUGGUGGAGCUGCUGCUAUUCUGGGACUUGUAGCCAUGGCAUCAGAUGUAGAAGGGCUGUAUGCAGCUGUGAAGGCCUUGGUCUGUGUGGUGAAGAGCAAUCCACUGGCCAGCAAAGAAAUGGAAAGAAUUAGAGGUUAUCAGUUGCUGGCAAUGCUGUUGAAGAAGAAACGCUCCCUUCUGAACAGCCAUAUCCUCCAUCUGACCUUCUCCUUGGUGGGAACCGUGGAUAGUGGGCAUGAGACAUCCAUUAUUCCAAAUUCUGCUGCCUUCCAGGAUCUGCUCUGUGACUUUGAAGUCUGGCUUCAUGCACCCUAUGAGCUUCAUCUGUCGCUAUUUGAGCACUUCAUUGAACUUCUCACCGAGUCAAGUGAAGCAGCAAAGAACUCUAAGCUGAUGAGAGAAUUCCAACUCAUUCCCAAACUGCUCCUGACUCUUCGAGAUAUGUCUCUGUCCCAGCCUACUAUUGCUGCCAUUAGUAAUGUGCUGAGCUUCUUGCUUCAAGGCUUCCCUAGCAGCUAUGACUUGCUCAGGUUUGGACAGUUCAUCUCUUCCACUCUACCUACAUUUGCAGUCUGUGAGAAAUUUGUGGUCAUGGAAAUAAACAACGAAGAAAAGCUUGACAGUGGAACAGAGGAUGAUUUUGGAGGACUUGUUUCAGCUAAUCUUAUUCUACUGCGCAAUAGGCUUUUGGAUAUCCUUCUGAAGCUGCUCUACACCUCUAAAGAGAAGACAACUGUUAAUUUGCAGGCUUGUGAAGAACUGGUCAAGACACUGGGCUUUGAUUGGAUUAUGAUGUUUAUGGAAGAACACCUGCAUUCCACCACUGUCACAGCAGCCAUGAGAAUCCUGGUGGUCCUGUUGAGUAAUCAGCCCAUCCUUAUCAAAUUUAAGGAGGGUCUCAGUGGUGGAGGCUGGCUGGAUCAGACGGAUUCUGUCCUGACCAAUAAGAUUGGUACUGUCCUAGGGUUCAACGUGGGCAGGAGCGCUGGUGGCAGAUCGACGUUGCGGGAGAUUAACCGGGACGCUUGCCACUUCCCAGGCUUUCCCAUCCUGCAGUCCCUUCUCCCCAAGCACACCAACGUGCCUGCUCUCUAUUUCCUCCUCAUGGCCCUGUUCCUGCAGCAGCCAGUCACUGAACUGCCCGAGAACCUGCAGGUCAGUGCACCUGGCAGCAGCAGGCAGUGUAAGCAGGGCUGCCAGUUUGAUUUAGACUCUAUUUGGACGUUCAUCUUUGGAGUUCCUGCCUCCUGUGGCACUGUUACCUCUUCAAUCCACAAUGUUUGCACAGAAGCUGCCUUCCUGUUACUGGGAAUGCUGAGGAGCAUGCUGAACUCUCCUUGGCAGUCAGAGGAAGAAGGCUCUUGGCUUCGAGAAUAUCCAGUCACCUUGAUGCAGUUCUUCCGAUACUUGUAUCACAACGUGCCAGACCUCAUUUCCCUGUGGAUGAGCCCAGAGUUCCUGUGUGCCCUGGCAGCUACAGUGUUUCCUUUCAACAUCCGGCCUUACUCAGAGAUGGUCACUGAUCUUGAUGACGAAGUUGGGUCCCCAGCUGAAGAGUUUAAAGCCUUUGCAGCUGAUUCUGGCAUGAACAGGAGCCAGUCAGAAUAUUGCAAUGUGGGCACCAAGACCUACUUGACCAACCAUCCUGCCAAGAAGUUUGUGUUUGACUUCAUGCGUGUGAUGAUCAUUGAUAACUUGUGUCUCACACCAGCCAGCAAGCAGACUCCACUGGUAGAUCUUCUGCUGGAGGCUUCCCCUGAAAGAUCAACACGGACCCAGCAGAAGGAGUUCCAGACCUAUGUUUUGGAUGGAGUGAUGGACCACUUACUUGCAGCUGAUGUUUUACUUGGUGAAGAUGCAUCUCUGCCUAUAACCAGUGGAGGAAGCUACCAAGUGCUGGUGAACAAUGUCUUUUACUUCACCCAGCGUGUGGUGGAUAAGCUUUGGCAGGGCAUGUUCAACAAAGAAUCCAAACUUCUUGUGGACUUCAUAAUCCAGCUCAUUGCACAGUCAAAAAGAAGAUCUCAGGGACUCUCACUGGAUGCUAUUUACCACUGCCUGAACAGGACCAUCUUGUAUCAGUUCUCAAGGGCACACAAAACUGUUCCUCAGCAAGUGGCUCUCCUCGAUUCCCUUCGAGUCCUUACUGUCAACAGGAACUUGAUUUUGGGGCCUGGAAAUCAUGAUCAAGAGUUCAUCAGCUGCUUAGCUCACUGCUUGAUAAAUCUCCACGUGGGAAGCAACGUUGAUGGGUUUGGAUUGGAAGCAGAAGCCAGGAUGACAACUUGGCACAUUAUGAUCCCCUCUGAUAUAGAACCAGAUGGAGUCUACAAUCAAGAUGUCAGUGAAGGUCGUCAGCUGCUUUUAAAAGCCAUAAACAGAGUGUGGACAGAGCUGAUCCACAGCAAAAAACAGGUUUUAGAAGAAGCUUUCAAAGUGACGCUGCCUGUCAACGACCGUGGCCAGGUGGAUAUAACUGUGGCAAGACCUUACAUUGAGGAAGCAAGUUUGAAGUGCUGGCAAAAUCAUUUGGCUCAUGAGAAGAAAUGCAUCAGCAGAGGGGAAGCUUUGGUUCCAACCACACAGUCCAAACUUUCCCGAGUUAGCAGUGGGUUUGGUCUCUCCAAGCUGACUGGAUCCAGGAGGAGCCGCAAGGAGAGCGGGCUGAACAAACACAACCUCUCCACACAGGAAAUCUCCCAGUGGAUGUUUACUCACAUCGCAGUGGUUCGGGACCUGGUGGACAUGCAGUACAAGGAGUAUCAGGAGCGCCAGCAGAACGCGCUCAAGUACGUGACGGAGGAGUGGUCCCAGAUCGAGUACGAGCUGCUGCGGGAGCGAGGCCUCUGGGGUCCCCCUAUUGGCUCCCACCUGGACAAGUGGAUGCUGGAGAUGACAGAGGGUCCCUGCAGAAUGAGGAAGAAGAUGGUGCGAAACGACAUGUUUUAUACUCAGUAUCCCUACAUGCCUGAAGCUGAGCAAGAAACAAACCUGCUGUCUGACUUCUCAUGUAGACUUCCCGAGACACCUGAUGAUACCAUUCCUCAAAAGAAACCUGCUCGCUACCGAAGAGCUAUCAGCUAUGACAGCAAGGAGUACUACAUGCGCCUGGCCUCCGGCAACCCUGCCGUCUUUCAGGAUGCCAUCGAGGAGAGCACAGUGGGUGAAACGACUCAGCAGGAGCCAGAACAUGGGGAGGACACUAUUGCAAGGGUCAAAGGUUUGGUGAAGCCUCCUCUGAAACGAUCUCGCUCUGCUCCUGAUGGAGGUGAUGACGAGAACCAGGACCAAUCGCAGGAUCAAAUCGUGGAGGGAAGCUCAAUAGAUGAAGAGGAGAAGACUGAUAACACAACUCUGCUUCGCCUUCUGGAAGAAGGAGAGAAGAUCCAGCACAUGUAUCGCUGUGCACGGGUUCAGGGCCUGGACACCAGUGAAGGGCUGCUUCUCUUUGGGAAAGAGCACUUCUAUGUCAUUGAUGGAUUCACCAUGACAGCCACCAGGGAAAUACGGGAUAUUGAGACCCUGCCUCCAAAGAUGCAUGAGCCAAUCAUACCCAGGGGAGCAAGGCAAGGCCCAAGUCAACUGAAAAGAACAUGCAGCAUCUUUGCAUAUGAAGAUAUCAAGGAAGUACACAAAAGGAGAUACCUUUUGCAGCCAAUUGCAAUUGAAGUUUUCUCAGGAGACGGACGGAACUACCUUCUAGCUUUCCAAAAAGGGGUUAGGAACAAAGUUUAUCAAAGGUUUCUGGCCGUGGUACCAUCUCUAACUGACAGUUCUGAGUCAGUGUCUGGACAGAGACCAAACACCAGUGUAGAGCAAGGGUCUGGCUUGCUUAGCACUUUAGUGGGAGAAAAAUCUGUUACUCAAAGAUGGGAAAGAGGAGAAAUCAGUAACUUCCAGUACCUGAUGCACUUAAACACUCUGGCAGGCAGAUCCUACAACGACCUCAUGCAGUACCCUGUCUUUCCCUGGAUCCUCGCAGACUAUGAUUCGGAGGAACUGGAUCUUACGAAUCCCAAGACCUUCAGAAACCUGGCCAAGCCCAUGGGAGCUCAAACAGAAGACAGGUUAGCCCAGUAUAAGAAGAGAUUCAAAGACUGGGAGGAUCCCAACGGGGAGACCCCAGCUUAUCACUAUGGGACCCACUACUCAUCUGCCAUGAUUGUGGCUUCUUACCUUGUCCGGAUGGAGCCUUUCACUCAGAUUUUCUUACGGUUGCAGGGUGGUCACUUCGACCUGGCUGACCGAAUGUUUCACAGCGUACGGGAAGCUUGGUACUCGGCAUCGAAGCACAACAUGGCAGAUGUGAAGGAGCUCAUCCCAGAGUUCUUCUACCUCCCUGAAUUCCUGCUCAAUUCCAACAACUUCGACCUAGGUUGCAAACAAAAUGGCACAAAACUUGGUGAUGUCAUCCUCCCACCUUGGGCAAAAGGAGAUCCUCGGGAGUUUAUCAGAGUUCAUCGGGAGGCUCUGGAAUGUGACUUUGUGAGUGCACAUCUGCAUGAGUGGAUUGAUUUGAUCUUUGGCUAUAAACAGCAAGGUCCUGCUGCAGUAGAAGCCGUCAAUGUCUUCCACCAUCUCUUCUAUGAGGGCCAAGUGGACAUAUACAACAUCAAUGAUCCAUUAAAGGAGACAGCUACCAUAGGAUUCAUUAACAACUUUGGACAGAUACCAAAACAGCUCUUUAAGAAACCACACCCACCGAAGCGAGUUAGAAGCCGGCUGAAUGGAGAGGCUGUGGGAACAUCUCUGCCCCCUGGUUCCACAAGUGACAAGAUUUUUUUCCAUCAUUUGGACAACCUGAGGCCAUCCCUUGCCCCAGUCAAAGAGCUCAAGGAGCCUGUGGGGCAGAUUGUCUGCACUGACAAAGGCAUCCUGGCCGUGGAACAGAACAAGGUUCUCAUCCCACCUACCUGGAAUAAAACCUUUGCGUGGGGCUUCGCAGACCUCAGCUGCAGGUUGGGUACCUACGAGUCAGACAAGGCAGUAAUUGUUUAUGAAUGCUUGUCAGAGUGGGGGCAGAUUCUGUGUGCCAUUUGCCCCAAUCCCAAGCUCGUUAUCACCGGAGGAACGAGUACAGCAGUGUGUGUGUGGGAAAUGGGAGUCUCCAAAGAAAAGGCCAAAGCCCUCACGCUGAAACAGGCACUGCUGGGUCACACUGACACUGUCACCUGCUUAACGGCCUCGCUGGCUUAUCACAUCAUCGUGAGUGGCUCCUGGGAUCGUACCUGCAUCAUCUGGGAUUUGAACAAACUCUCUUUCCUGACACAGCUUCGAGGCCACAAGGCUCCAAUUUCAGCACUCUGCAUAAAUGAACUGACGGGGGACAUUGUCUCCUGUGCUGGCACUUACAUCCACGUGUGGAGCAUCAAUGGCAGCCCUACUGCCAGCGUGAACACCUUCACUGGCCGCAGCCAGCAGAUCAUCUGUUGCUUCGUGUCGGAGAUGAACGAGUGGGACACGCAGAACGUCAUCGUCACGGGGCACUCAGAUGGGGUUGUCCGGUUCUGGCGGAUGGAGUUUUUGCAAGUACCAGAAACACCAGCUCCAGAGCCUGUGGAGAUGCUGGAAAUGCAAGAGGAUUGUCAGGAAGCACAGCUGGGGCGUGAAGCCCACGAAGAGGACAGCAGUGACUCUGAGGGAGAGGAUGCCUGUGUAGGCCAGGACACAAAGCUGCAGGAGAGCCAGAGUCAGCCCAGCAGCACCAGCCACAGGCCUAGGUCGUCAUCAAACAGAGCAGCGGCGGCAUGGUCGGCAGACAGCAGCUCCGAUGACUCGAGGCGUUGGUCAGACCAGCUCAGCUUGGAUGAGAAAGAUGGCUUCAUCUUUGUCAACUAUUCUGAGGGACAAGCAAAAAUGCAUCCCCACCUUCAGGUUAACCACCCACACCCCAGCUACGCUGAAGCACGGCACUACAGCAAGCUUAAACCAGGGUACCGGUGGGAGCGUCAGCUGGUGUUCAGGAGCAAACUAACUAUGCACACAGCUUUCGACCGCAAGGACAACGCACACCCGGCGGAGAUCACCGCUCUCGGCAUCUCCAAGGAUCACAGCAGAAUUCUCAUUGGGGAUGGCCGAGGCAGAGUGUUCAGCUGGUCGGUGAGUGAUCAGCCUGGCCGAUCUGCAGCAGAUCACUGGGUGAAGGACGAGGGAGGGGACAGCUGCUCCGGCUGCACCGUCCGGUUUUCGCUCACGGAGCGGCGUCACCACUGCAGGAACUGCGGACAGCUCUUCUGCCAGAAGUGCAGCAGGUUUCAGUCUGAAAUCAAGCGGCUGAAGAUCUCCUCCCCAGUCAGAGUCUGCCAGAACUGCUUCUACAACCUGCAGCACGAGCGGGGUUCAGAGGAGGGGCCUAGAAAUUGAUGGGGUCUUGGCAAAGGGAAACCUCGUCCAAGCCCACCCUGACUCCAAGGACUAGUGGGAGUCUGGUGCAGUGGUCAGAAGGGAUUAGAACACUGUCUGUUUACACUGAGUUUUAAGCACUAAAAGUCAAAAGGGAUCAUUGAACCGAGUGGUGUUGAGACAAGGUCAAUGAGCGAAGAGCAAGCUCCGGGAAGACAUGAUUAACAACCACCAACCCAGCAGAACUGUCCACUCCUAAAGCUGUGUUGACGUGGCUGUGGGGGAGCCCUCAUGUCCCCUAAGAGCUGUUCUUGGCUUGAUGUUGCAGAGCUAGUCCCGUGGGGCGGGGGAGGGGACGGCCGGGGAAGGCUUCUUAGAGCGAGCUGUAAAUCCGCCUUCGCCGCCAGCUCCUGUGUAUAUUGUAAAUAGCUAGAAUGGCCUUUUUAUCUACAUCUGAACCUAACUGCCUGUUCCAUGGGACUCCAGAUUAACCACUAGACUUUGUGUGGCAUCUUUAUCUCACCUACCAAUUGAAACAGGAAGGUUUAAACCCGACAACACCCCAGAAAACUCGAAGGCAUUGUGUGGAUUCCUGUUUAACGGCCCCAGUCUGUGCAUGUUUGUUCUUCAGUUGCCCACAUUCUCUUAUUUUCCUGGUGAGGCUACAUGGAUUUAUUUUUAGCUUGUGGGUUGUUUUUUUUUUUUUCCCUCCAAAAGAGAACAUUUUUGAGACUAGGACUUUGGGAGUAUUUUCUUCUAGCUUGUAAGAUAACCCAGGAACUAAACUGUACACUUGUGUUGCAUUUUAUACCAAACUCUUUACCACCUCAGUGUUGUUCAUAUUUACGAAGGCCUCUUUUAUACAUAACUCAGAGCUGCAGUUUUGUUAAUAACCUACCCUUUGUUAGCAGCUGAUUCAUGCAGGGCAAGAACCAGCUUUUACCUUCUUUAGUCAAUAGCAAUUGGCUUGCCUGUGGGUACAGAAUGGAAUUCCUUCUGCAGCAGAUCUUCCCUCUGUUGUCCUGCAGCUUCUUUGCAAGGAAACCAAACUUCUUGAACUCAAAUUCACUGUAAAGCUGUGGCUGCUCCCAGCAGCUCUCUGCGUGCUCCAGCACAUGCCAGCAGCUUGAGGACAGCAGCAGAUUUUUCCUUAGGGGUUGGUUUGGGGUUUUUUUUUGCUUUUUCAGUUCCAGUAGGAAUUUUCAUGGCAGUAUUUUUUUACUACUCUUGUUUCUUUUGCACUACAUGUGGGAUGAAGUAGAGACACUGAUAUCCACUGGGACUGGAAGGUGUGCAUCGGAUAGGCCCCGUGGACUUCACCUUGGAAUGAGGUCUUGCCGGUGGGUUUGUGGUUGGGGGAGGGAGUGGGAAGGGGGCAGGCUGGGCUUUGGUCUGGUUUUGGUUUUUAACAUAUGUGUAUAUAUUUUGUAAAUGAUCUAGAGCUAGGUAUAUUCACAGUGGAUUCUUUAAAAUAGAAGUAAGGAUGUGCCCCAAACCGACAGGAGACUGGUGGCUCUGCUUGCGCUCUGCUGGUGCUUCGGUGAGUGUCUUGGCUCCAGAUGAGGAGCCAUCAUUCCACCCUUCACUUGGAAUGCUGGGGAUGGGCUCUGCCCUAGGACUGCUACUAUCCUCAGAACUGCACUAUCAGAAGUGCCAGAAGCUCUGUGGGCUGUGAGCUCCUUCCAGAAGGUCCUUGGCGCUGCUGGGGCACACGAGUCUUCUCUUGAUUUGAGCUUCUAGUGGUGAACAAUUUGUUAAUCCUGACCACUUACUCUUUCCCCCAGUGUCACCUGUUUCUGCACUGAAGGUUAAAUAUGUAUUUUGAUACCUGUUUGUUUGUUUGUUCUGUAUGUGCUGGUCUGUCAAAUGAGAUCUCUUCCUCUUUUGGUAGGCAUUCUGGGUCCCCAGAUGAGCAGAAAGUCUUCUCUAGAGCCCUUGCACACUGCUGAGUAAAUGCAAGUUUGUUGAGAUGAGAUGAGCUGACCCAGACAGAUCUCUUUGGAUCCAGAGAGUGACGAUCACACCAGUAAGCAUGCUGCAGAGUUGUCCCUAAACCCAAGCAGAGCUCCUCAGUAAUCAUGUGGAGCACUGGAAUUGCUGUGCUCAGCUCUUCCCUUUAGCAUUGCCUUCAGCCUUUCCAAAAUGAUGUGAAGCCAGCAGAGCUCAGAAGGCAGGCUGGUGGCCUUAACAUUGCCAGUUUGGAGACGAGGCUCCUUGAGCAACCCUAGAAUGCCUCUGAGUGCACAAAAUUUUCUUCUUCUCCCUUGCCUCCAGCUUUCAGAUCAACCACAAAUUGAAAGACAUUAAAUUCUAUGGAUUGGAACUUGUCCAACCCCAUGGUUAAACCCUAACAAAGCCCAGGUUUCUGACAGUAACCCUGAGAGGACUUGAAGGCUCAGGCAAACAGUCGGCACACAGGUGGGCUGUCGGUGAGGAGGGAGCUGGCUGUGCUCAGCCUCAGCAGCACCUUGUGCCUGUGCUGUUCUGCGCUCUGAGCACAGCCAGCUCCUCUUUGCAAACUCUCUAGUGCGGAGGUUAGUCCCAGUUUACAUUGAGGCUUAAUCCUUUGGUUACGCUGUUCCAGACCCCAGGUUCUCACUGGCAGGAGGUGAAGGGGGCAAACCAAACCCGCUGGUAUUUCCUCUGCAGCCGGUGCUGCGGGCAGCUGCUUUGUUCACCUGGGAGUGGGGAGCUCUUUCCAUUUCCUUUCGAGCUUCUAAAGCAAGUACUCGCUUUUGUUUUCCAUGUACAGACCCAUUGAGCAAACCUAUACUCAUGUAGGCUGACAGUGGUAGACUGUAUUCUCUGCAAGUACCUCAUGUCUUCUCCUGCCUUGGUCUCUGUAGUAAACUUAACUCAUGUACUCCUAACAUUUGUACCUAGCGUGCAACUCUAAGUCAUGCUUCUGAGAGGGGGGGUGGGGGGAAGGGGGUUUGGCUGCCUCCAGCCAACAGGCAUCAGUUCAACAGCAAAACACUUUAGAGAAGUUCUUUUUCUUUUUCUUUUUUAUUUUUUUUUGCACUUUCUUAUUGUAUAAAAUGGGUAGAAACUUUUAUUUGCCAUUGUACCAUUUCAGGACUCCUUUAUUAUUUUGUUUCCUUUCAGCCAGUGACCUGUGUAUAAAAUACUGCUGCAGUUAAAACUGUUUGGUUUACUUUUAGGAAGUAUUUUUUUAAUUUCAGCAAGUUUGGUUACUUGUUGCAUGACUAUUAACACAGCUGACUUUUUGUGUCAGUGCAAUGUAUAUUUUACCUUACUUUUUUUGUUUGUUUGUUUGUUUGUUUUGGGGUUGUUUUUUUGUUAGUUGUUGUUUUGUUUGGGGGGUUUUUUGGUUGGUUUUUUUUUUGGUCCUGUUAUUAACUUGUAAGCCCUAGCUGAAUGGCCAUUUCUUUGUACAGCAUCAGGAGUCAAUUGAAGAGAACUGGCUAAGACUGGAGUGUGGAAUUUUGUACUAUAUUGCAGAAUCCAGUAUCUGUUUUUUGGUGGUUACGUAAAAGGCCUGAUGAUUUCCUAUCUAGUGUGCAAUCUGUGAUAUCUGAAUGUUCAUUGUAUAUUUGUCUCCAAUGCAAAAAGGUAGAGUUAACACAACUACAACAAGACAUGAUUAAAAUGCAAUAGUUCAGGUACUGAAGUAUUUUUUUCAUUUCAAAUAAAUACCUGCUAUUUACCACCAAAAA